GUCAACAAGACAUAAUAGGAUAUAGAUCUCAUUCUUGCGAGAACAUGGUCUAGCAGGCAUUGGUCUUAAGGCCGAGACAGAGGUGCUGGAUACAAGAUGGCCGAAUCUUCAGACACACCCCUGGAGGCAGUUUCAGGCACUAACAACCAUUCUGUUCGCGCCGAGAGUACCACCAAGAAUGGAGAACCCCCCACGUCAAACUCAGACGACAUGUUCCCAGAAAGUGUGUCCUCGUCAUCAGUUAAAGAUGAACUCUUUCUUGGGACAUUAAAAAAGGAUGACAGUGGAAUUGAUCUGGAAAAGUCACCUACUGCUAGCGCAAAAGAGACUUUGUCUGACGGUGAGGCUGAGGAUUGUGCGAAAGAUUCUCUCAAUAACAAUUCGUCACUUCUGCAGAAUGAUUCGCAAAAUGAUUCAGCCGUGCAGAGUUGUUUUGUCACAGGAUCGGAGGAAAGCCCCGAUCUUUCCGUUGACACUGAAUCGGAGAAAUCUUCACCUACGCAUUCUGCCGAUGUGGAAACUUCAGAUGUUGGUGAAGUCGAUGGGCCUGCAGUCGGUGACGCUGGUGUCGAUUCACCACAUAUAUCUGACUCGCCUGCUAAUUUCCGAAAUGAUGUUUGUGACAGUGUUGAGUUGGCUUCGGAAUCUACAGAUACUGACAGACGUAAACGAUCGCAUCUCGACUCGAGUGUUGAUGAUGACGAUGAUGAUGAUGAUGAUGACAAUGCUGGUGUGGAGGAAGUGGUUAAGUCGGAUGAUGAUGAUGACGAUAUGGAUAUAGGUUGUGGGAAAACACCGCAACACAAGUGGCAUGCUCUUUUCGACCUGCGGAAUCGGGAAAUUGGAUAUGCUAAUACAACUCCACCGUCGUACUUUCGUGAAAAAGUUCAAGGCAGUUUACAAAUGGUGCAGAGACUGAAACUUCAGUAUGGGAUGGAAUACCACGAUGGCUGUGUAAAUGCUUUACAUUUCAAUCGGAUUGGAACACUUUUGGCCAGUGGUUCUGAUGACCUGCACAUUGUUCUGUGGAACUGGAUUAGAAAUCGCCCAGCUCUUGCAUAUGAAAGUGGUCACAGAAGCAAUGUAUUUCAGGCAAAAUUCAUGCCAUUCAGUGGAGACUGCCACGUGGUGAGCUGCGCGCGGGACGGUCAGGUGCGACUGGCCGAGCUGUCGCUGACGGGAAUCUGUAAAACAACCAAGAAACUCGCACAACACCGAGGAGCUGCUCACAAGUUGGCUCUUGAAUACGACUCGCCCCAUUUGUUCCUGAGCUGUGGCGAAGACGCAGUCACCUACGAAAUCGAUCUCCGUGAAGAGAAACCAAACAAAUUGUGCACCACCAAGGAAAAUGAUCGCAAGGUCGCCCUCUAUUCCAUCCACUCAAACCCAAGCAAUUCAUUUGAGUAUUGUGUUGGAGGCCGUGACCACUACAUCAGAAUCUAUGACAAAAGGAAAAUAGCUGAGGACACUGAUGGCGGUGUGGUGAAGAAGUAUUGUCCUCACCAUUUGAUCGGGAAUGAGACGAAGGCUAAUGUCACGUGUGCCUGUUAUAAUUACAAUGGGACAGGGGUACUUGGAACAUACAAUGAUGAAGAUAUCUACAUGUUCAGUAAUGAGCACUCGGAUGGAGCUAAUUAUAUUCACAGAUAUCAGGGUCAUCGCAAUAACCAAACAGUGAAAGGAGUAAAUUUCUACGGCCCGCGGAGUGAGUUUGUGGUGAGUGGCAGCGACUGCGGCCAUGUCUACAUGUGGGACACCGAGACGGAGAAGAUUGUUCAGUUCCUAGAGGCAGACAAUGGUGGAGUGAUUAACGUACUGGAACCGCAUCCGUUUGCCCCUAUUCUGGCCACCAGUGGACUGGACCAUGAUGUGAAAAUAUUCGCACCUACAGAAAUGGAGCCCACAGAUUUGAAAGGACUUAAGAAGGCGGCUCGCCGGAACAAGAAGGACCGCGAACAGGAACGUCUGCAGGAACCUGACAUGAUAGACGGACAGAUGCUGUGGUUCAUUAUGCAUCACUUCAGGCGGUCGGCACGGAGACGGCGUCGGGAUGAAGGUGAAGAUGUCUCCAGCUCGUCAGAAAGCGAAAGCUUUAACUCGGACAGUGACACCGACCCCGAACAACCGCAAACCGAGUAAAACAAAAACAAAAAUUGUGAAUUUGUCAACUUGUUAAAGCCCCUUUAGCUACGAACAGUCGUUUUGUUUUCGUGUGUGUGUGUGUGUGUGUUUUUGUUCAUGUUUGAUGAUGACAAAACAAAAUCUGCUAUACUUCUAGCUUCGCCAGGAAGGAGAGGAUGUGUCGAGUUCGAGCGAGAACGAGAGUUCAGACACGGAUAGCGAACCGGACGAGCCCCAGCGACUCCAGUGUCACCAGUCGUAGUCAGUCGUGCAUGACUCGUGCCCCGUCUUUCGCGCAUCACGUAACAGAAAUGUUUGUUUGCCACCAGUCAGAUCACGUUUUCUCUCGCCGUACAAACAGAUAUGUGCUGGCUUUUUUCAUUCAUGGGUUUAAGUUGGCCGGAAAUUUUGUUACAGAUUUGGCAACUUAUACAGGACAGCAGGUUAGCCAGUUUGGUGAAUUUUGUUUCAUAAUGGGUUAGCCAAUUUUGUUUCAUAAUGAGUUAGCCAUGUUUCAUGAUGGGUUAGCCAAUUUUGUUUCAUGAUGGGUUAACCAAUUUUGAUUCAUAAUGGGUUAGCCAAUUUUGUUUGAUGAUGGGUUAGCCAAUUUUGUUUCAUAAUGGAUUAACCAAUUUUGUUUUAUGAUGGAUCAGCCAAUUAGGUAAAUUUUGUUUUAUAAACCUACGUGAUGAAUUUUGUUUGUUAAUGGCUUAAUCUAUUUAGUGCAUCUUUGUUUGAUAAUGUAUUAACCAAUUUUGCUAAUUUUUAUUUGAUACUUGGUUAGCCAAUUUUAUUUUGUAAAGGCUUUGUUAGGUGAAUUUUGUUUCCUGAUGGAUUAACCAUUUUGGACAAUGGAUCAGCCAGUUUUGCAUAAAAAAGAAAGAGAUUUAAAAAAAGGUUUAUAAUGGGUUAGCCAGGGGUUUUUGUAGCUAAAGAGUGGACAGCAAAUAUAACAAACAUAGCUUACUUUUGGUGGAUUCAUUAUGAAAUAUAUAUUCGCCAAAAUUAUAUUUCAAAUUGUAUUUGCCAAAUUACAGAUGUUAACAUCAUUGUUCUUUGUAUUCCUAUUAUUUACACAUGCAUGUUAGUUUGUAAUCUGAACACAAAGGUCUGUAUGGCCAACGUUUAAAAUACAUUGUUUGAUGUCAUCUCGACUGUAUUCAGCCUUUAUGCCAUUCUUCUGAUAUUUUUGCAGUUUAAUAAUAAUGCAAAAUCUGGCUAUUUUAGGACACACCCUCCAUGUAAUAUAUUUUGAUGCUAAGACCACACUCUUCAAAACUAUAUAAUUAUUUUGUCACACCCUUUUUUUCACUGUCAAUGUGAUAUGAUUGGAUCAUCAUUACAGGGUUUUAAAGAGUCCAAGAUUGUACAACCAUUUAGUUUUUUUUAGUUUCUACAAAUGUAGUUUUCUGUUGUUCUUGAAAGUUUAUUUAUGUUACACUACCAGGGGUAAAAAUUUACACUGCCACUUUUCAAAAGGAAUUAUAGUGAAUUUCAAAAAGCAAUACUCCAUCACAGAAUGUACUUACAAUUUAAAGAUACUGGUAAAACAAAAUAAACUCUAGUUUUUGGAAGGGUAAAACCUGUGUUUUUUGACCCCUGGUUAAUCAAAUUUGGUAUUGUAUAAAUAGUUUUGCCAGGUUUCAAAAUGGUGGCACUCUUACAGGGCUUCUAGAUUAUGGUAGCCCCACUCCCAUGGCUAGUGAUAUUCAGUGUUGGGCUAGUAAAUGACUACUAUAACUAGCCCAACGGCUAGUGGGAAAAAAACCCUUGUCAAAUG